ACGAUUUAUGAGCCGAUUAGUGGCGAUCGGCAUUCACACGAGAGUAGUUCGAUAAUAAGAGAUCAGGGGGUCGGGACUGAUAAAGGUUGAUAAUGAGCCCCGACUCGACGUAACUACUCAGUUCCUCCGGUGUCGCACGCAAAUAAACUACAAUCUUUCUCGCCUCGAACGAACGGGUUGAACGUCUUAGAAACGUGUGUUUGAAGAAUAAAAAAUUUAAAAAUCGAUUAAAUAUUCCGAUAAUACUGUUACAUCAAGUUCUUUUUUUUUUGUCAGCAAUUUACAUAGCGAUAUAAUGUGACUAACAUCAUCCAGUUGGUCAUAAAUAUGAACGGCGAUGGUAAUUGUCAUACUAGGAAAUAUGGAUACCCGUUUAAUAACAUGGUGAUCGUGCCAUCACCCGGAUCCAUAUGGGAUUAUCCGUAUCUGAACCAGGUCACCAGCAUGAUGGGCCUGGUAUAUGGAACGAGAUCAAAGCCCGAGCAAGAUCUAUUUCCUUCCAAGAUUCGGAUUCCAGAGAUACAUAUGGAAAGUCCAUCGAAGUUCGAGUUGACGAAGACGGAGGUUCAGAUCGCGGAUGAAACGGAAUUAGGCGAGGUAAAAGUGAUGCCGUUAACGAGCAACGUGGCGACUUCGACGCCUGUGCAACCAGGAAGCAUUCCUUGCAAAAACGGUGGAUGCAAGAGUUGGGCAAGUCGAGCAGAAUCACGGAUGGAAAGCCCGUGGCAUUUUCUCAAGACCAUCUUUCUCAUUUCUGUGAUCGUUGCUUUGAUCUUGUGGGUAAUCGUUUACACAUUCCUCGUCCAAUAUCAAAUCUUGUGAAGAAUUCGACGAGUCGCGUGGAACUGUUGAAUACAUCGAGAACGUCGAGAAACUUGGAUGAUUUAUGCUCUUUCGUUUCGAAGGGAACGGAAUGUUUGUUGUACAUACAAGGCUGAAAAGGACGCAACACAGAUAAAAAAUGGUUUCGAAAUUUGAGAAAAGAUUGAAAAGAAUUACAAAGAAAAAUGGAAAUUUUGUCCGAAAAUGAUUUGGAUGUCUUUGAUCGAUAUUCGAUGGAUGUUUCAUUGAAUUUCCUAUUUUCCAUCCGUCCUUGAAUAAAAAUUCUAUGCUCAAAAUCGUGGAUCGUGAAUGUUUGUCGAAGAAUUAGUAACUAGUAUGUCGAGUGUGAAUGAAAAAUAUGAAAAAAAUUACGUACAUUGUUUUGUGGGCAGAAAGUUUUUAGAAAUUAGCAGAGAGUUUGAAUAUCGGGAUUGCGUAAAGUUGUCUUCUAUUUGCACGGUUGCCCCAACUUUCAUCGGUCCAACGACUAUGAAAUUCCCAGUGUUGAAAUAUUUGAAACAGGAAAAGUUGAAGAUAUUUUUGUAAGAUCGUACAAAAGGCGCUGUUCGCAAAAAUAAAAUUAUAACGAGAAUGGUACCUGUAAUAUUCGUUCAUAAAAUUGGAUAUUCCUUCGUCGACAAAAUUUUUGUUACAAAAAUCACGAUUGUAUUACAUUGAUUAUAUAUGUUUCUAUUUAUAAUAUUAUAUACAAAUUGUUUAUAAUAUAUUCUAUUUGAUAGAAGGUAUUCGAAUAUUUAGUAUUAAUAAUUUUUUUUUUACCAAGUAUUUGUACAAAAGCGAUUAAAUAAACUGAAUAAAUUUUGAAA